AUGGAGAAGGGGACUAACUGCUUUCUGACCUGCCACACCGUUUUUCUCGCCUGGACAUGGCUCUUACUUCUCUCUUGGUGUUGCACCGGCGCCGAAAUAACUUGCAGAUCCUGCUCGUCUCCAUCGCCCUCCUGGCCGUCCUCCUCGUCUCGCCUUAGGCAGGAGCAGCGACAGCCGCCGCGAGGAUUACGGAGCUGGCCGGGCGGCCGAGCGCGGGGCUCGGCUGGGGCGGCGGCCGCCGCGGAGCCGCUGCCGGGCGGGGAGCCGGGGGGCCGCGCGGGGCCGCGGGGAGCGGCGCUCCGCUCGGCGGGGGCGGGCGGCGGCGCGCCCGGGGGCCGGGGCCCGGCGGCGCCGCGGACCCGGCGGAGCAGCGAGGGGCGCCGGGCGCUGCCGGCGGGCGGCGGCCGGGGGGUGCCCGCGGCCGAGGGGCAGCGCGGAGCCCGGGCUCAGCCCCGCGGGCCGCUGGAGGAGGGGAGAGCGGCGCGGCUGCGAGGGGCAGAGGAGCUGAGGCUGAGCAGCACCACCUUCGCGCUCACCGGGGAUGCGGCGCACAACCAAGCCAUGGUGCACUGGUCUGGGCACAACAGCAGCGUGAUUCUUAUUCUGACAAAGCUCUACGACUUCAACUUGGGGAGUGUUACGGAGAGUUCACUGUGGAGGUCAACAGACUAUGGCACUACCUAUGAAAAGCUAAAUGACAAAGUAGGUCUGAAGACUGUGCUGAGCUACCUUUAUGUUGGUCCCACUAACAAGAGGAAGAUCAUGCUUCUUAGUGAUCCAGAGAUUGAGAGCAGCAUCCUCAUCAGCUCUGAUGAAGGGGCUACCUACCAGAAGUACCGUCUGAACUUCUAUAUCCAGAGCUUGCUCUUCCACCCCAAGCAGGAGGAGUGGAUCCUGGCCUACAGUCUGGAUCAAAAGCUGUACAGCUCCAUGGACUUUGGAAGAAAAUGGCAGCUCAUGCAUGAGCGGGUCACUCCAAACAGGUUUUACUGGUCGGUGACCGGUUUGGAUAAAGAACCUGACCUUGUGCACAUGGAAGCCCGGACAGCUGAUGGACACACCCACUAUUUGACCUGUCGGAUCCAAGAGUGCUCAGAGACCAAAAGGAGUGGGCCAUUUUCGCGCUCCAUUGACAUCAGCUCCCUUGUUGUUCAGGAUGAAUAUAUCUUCAUCCAGGUGACAGCUGGUGGAAGAGCAAAUUACUAUGUGUCAUACAGACGGGAGCCUUUCGCACAGAUUAAAUUGCCCAAAUACUCUCUUCCUAAGGACAUGCAUAUUAUCAGCACAGAUGAAAAUCAGGUGUUUGCAGCUGUUCAAGAGUGGAACCAGAACGAUACGUACAACCUGUAUAUCUCGGACACCCGAGGGGUGUACUUCACCCUGGCCUUGGAAAAUGUGAAAAGCAGUCGAGGACUGGAGGGGAAUAUCAUCAUUGACCUUUAUGAGGUAGCAGGGAUCAAAGGCAUAUUCCUGGCUAACAGGAAGAUAGAUGACCAAAUCAAGACUUUCAUAACCUACAACAAGGGCAGAGACUGGCGUUUGCUGCAGGCACCGGACACUGAUCUAAGAGGGGAUCCUGUAGUUUGCCAGCUGCCCUUUUGCUCAUUGCACUUACAUCUGCAGCUCUCAGAGAAUCCGUAUACUUCAGGAAGCAUUUCCAGCAAAGAGACAGCUCCUGGGCUGCUGGUGGCAACAGGCAAUAUUGGCUCUGAGCUUUCCUACACUGAUGUUGGCGUGUUCAUCUCCUCUGACGGUGGAAAUUCCUGGAGACAGAUCUUCGAGGAGGAAUACAACGUGUGGUUUCUGGACUGGGGAGGAGCACUAGUGGCCAUGAAACACACAUCAGUGCCCAUCCGGCACAUGUGGGUGAGUUUUGAUGAGGGAAGAUCCUGGAGUAAAUACAGUUUCACAUCAACACCACUUUUUGUGGAUGGAUCCCUUGUAGACCCUGGAAUAGAGACCCAGAUAAUGACAGUUUUUGGGCACUUCAGCCUCCGUUCUGAAUGGCAGCUGGUCAAGGUGGACUACAAGUCUAUCUUCAGCCGAAGGUGUAACAAAGAUGACUACCAAACCUGGCAUCUCCACAAUCAGGGGGAGCCUUGUGUCAUGGGAGAGAGGAAGAUCUAUAAAAAACGCAAGCCUGGAGCCCAGUGUUCCCUAGGUCGGGACUAUUCCCAAACUGUGGUAUCUGAACCAUGUGUCUGUGGUCAAGGGGACUUUGAGUGUGACUAUGGGUAUGAGAGGCACAGCCACAACCAGUGUGUCCCGGCCUUCUGGUUCAGCCCGUCCUCCCUGUCCAAGGAUUGCAGCAUUGGUCAGAGCUACUUGAACAGCACUGGGUACCGAAGAAUUGUGUCUAACAACUGCACAGAUGGCUUGCGAGAGAAGUACAUGGCCAAGAUGGAGAAAUGCCCUGGAAAAGCACCUCGGGGGCUGCACAUCCUCACUACUGAUGGAAAGUUGGUCACGGAGCAGGGACAUAAUGCCACCUUCAUCAUCCUUAUGGAAGAGGGCGAUCUCCAAAGGACAAACAUUCAGCUUGAUUUUGGAGACGGCAUUGCAGUAUCCUAUGCUAAUUUCAGUCCUGUUGAGGAUGGCAUCCGGCAUGUGUAUAAGAGUGCUGGAAUCUUUCAGGUGACGGCAUAUGCAGAGAACAGCCUGGGCUCUGACACUGCUGUCCUCUUCCUGCAUGUGGUCUGUGCAGUGGAGCACGUCCAUCUGAGUGUCCCCUUUGUCGCCAUCAGAAAUAAGGACAUCAACAUUACUGCAGUAGUUUGGCCCAGCCAGGCAGGCACACUUACCUACUUCUGGUGGUUUGGUAACAGCACCAAGCCCCUCAUCACCUUGGAGAGCAGCAUCUCACACAUCUUCGCUGUGGAGGGGAUGAACACUGUCACUGUGCAAGUUGCUGCGGGCAACACCCUCAUCCAAGACACCAAGGAGAUUGCAGUGCAUGAGUAUUUCCAGUCUCAGCUCCUGUCAUUUUCUCCCAACUUGGACUACCAUAACCCUGACAUCCCUGAAUGGAGACAAGACAUUGGCAAAGUCAUCAAGAGAGCUCUAGCACAGGUGACUGGUAUCCCCGAUGAACAGAUCUUGGUAGCUGUAUUUCCUGGGCUGCCUACUUCUGCUGAACUCUUCAUACUGCCCCACAAAAACACAACAGAGAGGAGGAAAAGCAGUGAGGCUGAUCUGGAGCAAGUGGUAGAAAUCCUUUUUAAUGCUCUCAACCAGAACCUGGUCCAGUUUGAACUGAAGCCUGGUGUUGAAGUCAUUGUGUAUGUUACUCAGUUAACAUUAGCACCCCUUGUUGAUUCCAGCACGGGUCAUAGCAGUUCGGCGAUGCUGAUGUUGUUGUCUGUGGUGUUUGUAGGCUUGGCUGUUUUUUUAAUCUACAAAUUCAAGAGGAAAAUCCCUUGGAUUAACAUCUAUGCCCAAGUUCAGCAUGACAAGGAGCAGGAAAUGAUUGGCUCUGUCAGCCAAAGUGAAAAUGCCCCCAAAAUCACUCUGAGUGAGUUCACAGACCCUGAGGAGCUGAUGGACAAAGAGCUGGACACGCGAGUGAUGGGAAGCAUCUCAACAAUUGCCAACAGUGAAAGCACAAAGGAAAUCCCCAACUGCACUAGUGUUUAAUACUGAGAAUCCACUUGGUCUACAACAUU